AUGAGUCAACCUCAGGAAGUUGGAUAUGGAAGAGUAUUCUGUAAGGAUAACUGGACCUCUCUUGGACCUUUAUUGGAUAUCACUGGUCCAACUGGUCCCAGGGUCUCUGGUUUUCCAGAAAAUGCAAUUGUACAAGACGCUUUGGUAAAUGGAAACUGGUGCAUCUCAAGACUCCGCACCAGGCACCCUACCAUCGUAUUCCUCAAGGACAGUCUCCCUCCUGCGGAUACAAUAACCCAAGAUCGAGGAGAUGAUGUUUAUCUCUGGGCAAUUGGCGACAAGCCACCAUCAUCAACCUUCUCAACACACAAACAUGCGUUUCACGCAUGGGUCACUACGCUAAACAGACUUCAUUCAAGGGACCGUCUCAUCACUUGGGGUAUGGAAGUGCCUUCGACAUGCCUUCUUUGCAUUGCUGCUGAUGAAACUCGACAGCACCUCUACUUUGACUGCCCUUAUAGUCAUCAGGUCUGGUCCUUCUUCACUUCUCGAGAAUAUCUCCCCUCCUAUGUGUUUGAUGACGCGGUGGUCUGGUUGACUAAUCCCUCGCCAAACAAGAAUAUGUCCUUCAUACUGAAAUACUCGGUAUCACGACUCCUCCUCUCGCCCAGCAUCUCAGACAUUCAAAAUAUCAUUCGUUGUCGUUUGGACCCGCUAUCUAGAGCACAACGAAACAAACCGAAUGUCACCUCGUACCUCUCCACUUGGUUCACUUAUUUUCAAAGUUAG